CUCUAAAAAAACACCGCUCUAAUUCAUAAAUAUAAAAAAGAUCCUCUGAGGAGGGCACUUUUGUGAUGGCAACUUCACUUCUAGGGGAGGAGCCGCGAUUAGGUUCGACACCUUUAGCUAUGCUGGCUGCGACGUGCAACAAGAUCGGAUGCCCUUCUCCAUCCGCGAUCUCGGAUAAUACGUCGAGCUUCGGUAAGGGAUUUCACCCGUGGAAGCGCGCCGCGGCGAGCAGCUGCAGUCUGGGCUCGGGUUUAUCCUCCAGCUUUGGCGUGACCAGAAACGGCGGCGCUCUGGCGGACUCGUUCGGUGCGAGUGGCACAACGGCGUCCAGCGCUUUCUCACUGACACCAGGUACCUCCUCCAACUCGCAUCUCGGCAACGACUACCCCGUGUUCCAACCGCCGGCGUCGAGCGCCUCGCAGGAAGCCGGACACCAGCCCGUGUUCAUCUCCAAAGUGCACGCCAGUGUGGACGGCUUACAAGGCAUCUAUCCGCGCAUGAGCGUUGCGCACCCGUACGAAUCGUGGUUCAAGUCGUCGCACACAGGGCUGCCGACGGGCGAUGUCGGUGCCACGAGCGCUUCCGCCUGGUGGGACGUUGGCGCAGGAUGGAUUGACGUUCAGAACGCCAACGGCGCCGCUGCGCUCCAGACGCCGCUGCACUCAGGAGGACUCCAAUCGUCUUUGCAUUCGCCGCUCGGAGGCUACAACUCGGACUACUCCGGUUUGAGUCACUCUGCUUUCAGCACCAGUGCGUCACCGCACCUGCUGACCAGCGGACAGCACAUCAUGGACGGCUUUAAGCCUGUACUCUCUUCCUACCCGGACUCGAGCCCAUCUCCUCUGGGCGGCGCAGGAGGUGCCAUGCUGAGCGCGGCCCCGUCUGCUUCACUGGCUGGCUCACCCAGGUCAUCUGCGCGCCGCUACUCGGGCCGCGCCACGUGCGACUGCCCUAACUGCCAGGAGGCAGAACGCCUCGGACCUGCAGGUGCGAGUUUGCGCCGUAAAGGCCUUCACAGCUGCCACAUCCCCGGUUGCGGCAAGGUGUACGGCAAGACGUCGCACCUGAAAGCGCAUCUGCGGUGGCACACGGGCGAGCGGCCUUUCGUAUGCAACUGGCUCUUCUGCGGCAAGCGCUUUACGCGCUCCGAUGAGCUCCAGCGGCACCUGCGCACGCACACAGGAGAGAAGCGCUUUGCGUGCCCCGUGUGCAACAAGCGCUUCAUGCGCAGUGACCACCUGAGCAAACACGUGAAGACCCACAGCGCAGGCGGCUCCGCGGGCUCUGGUUCGGGCGGCAGCGGCGGAAAAAGGGGCAGUGACACCGACAGCGAGCACAGUGGGCCUGGCAGCCCUUCAUGCAACUCCCCCGAACUGCUCCGGCCCGCCGAAGCACUUCCGCCGAGUCUGACCAGCCGCGCCAACUCCCUCGAUUAAAGUGCUUAAAAUGACACUGGAUCGGAAGCGGCAGGGUUCGUGACCUUCACACACAAGGUCCUGACGUUUACUAAGAAAUCAUCGAGGAGCCAGAUUCACCUCGACGUUAUCAAGACAUAAACUUGAUGAUAACGCAAAAAAAAAGAAAAGAAAAAAAAGAAAAAAAAAGUCAGCUUUGUCCCGGACAAACCCUGUGACGCAGUUGCAGGAAAGAAGAGAAAACUUUUGAGGAGAAUCUGGGCAUAAGACGAAUUUGCUCCAGAGGCCCGUUUUAACGGAUUCGUAUCGGAUCCAGUUGAAUUCGUUAAAUCCAAGUUUUGAAAAGUGAAUUCACUGAAAGGGCCAGCAAUGUUCACUUCUGUUCUGUUUCCUCAAAAUAAAACAGUGGCACUUUAUUCAUAAACACUCCUGAAUAUUCACUUGUGUGGCAACAAAAAUUAAAAAUACGUUGUAAUGUUGCCGAGUCUUUUGUUCAAAUUAAUUUCUUUAAUAUUGGGGGAAAAAAAGCAUAGCAUAUAAUGUCGCACAUUGGUCUUUAUUCAGGAAGAAUCUUGAAAAAGCUGACAAUAUUUGUAUGAAAUUUAGGCUACUUAUUUGCUAUUGCUGAAAA